GGUCAAAAUGUGAUCCGUGAUCGACUCAUGUGUUUGAAAUGACUCAAUGAGUCUGAUUAAUAGAACAGCAAGUUAAAUGAGUGUUUAACACUUUUAAGUCUCAGAGUUUACUGUCAUGGCUACAUUUAUUGACCCUCGUGUGUCAUCUGUCCUAAAUCAUCCCCUUCAGUGCAAGAUGGCACCACAUUGUGCUCCAUCAGCAGAACCGAGCCAGAGCGAAACACCUCGGUUCAAUGCCAUCAGUGUGAUCCGUCACACAUCUGAUCCCCUGCAUCAGGUUUCCUCAGAGACAUUCGUCACCGAACCCUUUCCCAUCUGCACCGUCCGGAGCCACUGCGGUGGCCCAAUUGACAGCUGUUCAGAAGUAAAUCUUGAAAAUCUGAACUCUGUCUGGUUCAGCUCUGCCUCCAAAACCCCUCCUGACACCAUCACAGCAUCAUCUGUAGCACUGUUCCAGAUACCUCUAUGUACAGUGAUCAACACACAAGCUCCAUCUACUGUUAAUCCCCCAGUUUUAGUGGCCUCUUGUGUUCCCAGCAUGGUAGUGGUGCUUCCAAAAUCUCACACACAGGCUCCGGUUGUCACAAGUAAAGGUUCAAACAUCGCUGUCAUUAACCCUGUAGUGAAGAACCCACCACAGCAUCGUUGCCACAUUUGCCCCCACGCUGACUGUGGUAAAACUUAUCUGAAAAGCUCCCACCUGAAAGUGCACCUGCGUACACACACAGGUGAGAAGCCGUUUAAUUGUCAGUGGGAAGGAUGUAAAUGGAGAUUCUCCCGAUCAGAUGAACUCUCCCGUCACAGACGCACUCACACCGGGGAGAAACGCUUCACCUGCUCCACGUGUCACCUUCGCUUUACACGCAGCGAUCACCUCGCCAAACACAAGCGUCGCCAUUACGUGGCCAAGACAGCUCUGGCUUGGCAGGCACAUAUCAGCCGGAACGGCUGCUUCCGGGCAGGAGCUCGAGCUCUCCUGCCCAUCGCAAUCAAACCGCAGGUCUGAAUGUAGUACUCAAAGAUCAUGGAGGCUCAUUUUAGGAUUAUUUACUGCACAUUCUGCAUCUUCUCUUUGAGGUUGGUGUGGCCAACAAUGCCCUUUAUAUACUAUGUUAAAAUUAUUCAUGUGCAAAUAAUCACUAGAAUUUCUUAUUCAAGGAAGCUGAAUCUUUUUCUCAGCGCUCAUCGAGCUGUAGUCGGCUUCACAGCAUAAACCUCGAUCGGGCUCGGACGAAACGUUCUUAGGCUCUGUUCGUGUUCUUGAACUGCGUUCCAAGCUCUAAAGCAACAUUACACUAGUUAGUGUAAAGAAGUGAACACACACUUAAGCACAAUCAUUUAUUGAUGGCGUUUUGCCAAACAUACAGUAACAAGAGGUUAACAUUUUUCGUCUGAGGGAUUGAAUUCAUCUCAUUCAAAAUGACACUUGACUUUGUUUUGGUAAACCGGGAAGCUUGUCCAUCAAGACCAACCUGCUCCAA